AUGUCUGUGACUCAGAUCAGCUCGGAUUUCACAUUGGAAUUGGGUGCAAAUUCGUUGAGUAACGUAACACGCGUUGAAUACAAAGCUGAUGUCUCGAUAGAAGUAGUACAACAAAUUCAAACAACGAUCGAGAAGAACGAAGGACAUGAAGGAAGUGUGGAAAUUGUACCGGUUGAUCCUAUUCCUACUACAGAAACUCCUACUCUUCCAAUUCCCACUACUUUCCUACCUACCACUCAGCUUCCAACUACAGUAGUUCCUACAACUAUUGUUCCAACCACUCAGCUUCCAACCACUCAACCUCCUACUUCUCAGCCUCCUACUUCUCAGCCUCCUACUCCCACUCCUACUCCUACUCCUACUCCCAUUCCAACUACUCCCACUCCGACUCCUACUCCUACUCCUACUCCUACUCCUACUCCUACUCCUACUCCUACUCCCAUUCCAACUACUACUCCUACUCCUACUCCCAUUCCUACUACUCCUACUCCCACUCCUACUCCCACUCCUACUCCCAUUCCUACUACUCCUACUCCUACUCCUACUCCUACUCCCACUCCCAUUCCAACUACUCCUACUCCUACUCCGACUCCCACUCCCACUCCCAUUCCAACUACUCCUACUCCUACUCCUACUCCUACUCCCACUCCGACUCCAACUCCCAUUCCAACUACUCCUACUCCUACUCCUACUCCUACUCCUACUCCUACUCCUACUCCUACUCCUACUCCUACUCCUACUCCUACUCCCACUCCGACUCCUACUCCCAUUCCAACUACUCCUACUCCUACUCCUACUCCUACUCCCACUCCGACUCCAACUCCCAUUCCAACUACUCCUACCCCGACUCCUACUCCCACUCCCACUCCCAUUCCAACUACUCCGACUCCAACUCCAACUACAGAAGUACCCACUACUGAACCUCCUACUCCUACUCCCACUCCCACUCCUACUCCAACUCCUACUCCCAUUCCAACUACUCAACCUCCAACUACUUUAUCUCCAUCCACUCAAUCUCCCACUACUUCAAUAUGUCCCCUUGGUGAAACAUUCUAUUCUAUCCAAAGAUACUAUGGAUCCAAUCCUGAUACUUAUGAAAACAUGAUUAUAUACUAUGGAAAUGGACAAACUAAACUCCUGACUUUGUCUUAUACUUCCAAUAGCACGCAGAUUGUCACUGGAUGUAUUAAACCACAAUUAAUGAGAAUAUAUUUGGAAGGAAUCAAUAAUGGAUGGAAUGAAGAUUCUUAUUUUGUAAUUCAGAGCGAAUUUGGAACAAGUGAGAGAAUCUCAUUAACCGGAAAACUCUCUACAUCUAUGUUCUUCCAUUUCUCUUAUGGAAUCCUGCCAGAAACUAUAAUAUCAAAUUGUCAGGACUAUUAUGACUUAGACAAUUCUCCCAAGAUCCUUCAUAUCGAUAGUAAAGCAUGUAAUGAUGAAGAUAUCUUAACAUUUUCGAUCACAAAUUUCCCUGAUUUGAUAUAUUUAUGGAUUGAAAGUUCCAACUUCAAAAAUGUGAGUACUUUCGAGAUUCGCGAUAACACUCAUUUAGAAUACAUAUAUAUCCAAGAUAAUGCAUUCACACAUACUUUAGAAUACAAUGUGGAAACUUCUGAAAACGAGACAAGAUCCAAAUCAUUCCACAUAUUGAAUUGUAAUGAAUUGAUAUCAAUUGAUAUUGGUGAAAAUAGUUUCAAUGAUUUUGGAGGCGAAUUUGAAUUGAAGAAUCUACCAAAAUUACAAUACAUCAAUAUUGGAUCUAUUGGAGGUUAUUUUUCCUCUAAUUUCUAUUCUAGUUCAUUCAUAAUUCGAGGUAUUCAAUUUUCAUUUCUAUAUUCAUUCAUUUCUAUAGAUCUACCUAGUCUACAAACGAUUACAUUAGGUGGUUCUGCAUUCUAUGAAUCGGAAACAACAAUAAUCGAAAGUAUUCAAUUUUCAUUUCUAUAUUCAUUCAUUUCUAUAGAUCUUCCACAAUUACAAUCUAUUAAUCUUGGUUAUUAUGCACUUAAUGGAUAUUUGGAUGACUCAUAUCCUACAUUAUUACAGAUGCGAAGUAAUAACAAUUUGAAUAUAUAG